CCGAAGAAGUAAGGGAGGCGAUGGCUCGAUAUGCUAGGGCUCCGAUUUUGGGAGAGGACCCCUUGGCCCACGUGGGAUCCUUGGUGGGCCCCGAGGCUGCUCGGGAGAAUCUGCUUCGUGCUAACCCGCAGUGGAGGGUUCCUGGGGCCGAAGAGAGGAAUCCGGCUAUGAUGGCCCAGUACUAUCUGAACGAGGCUGUUUUCUGGUCUUCGUUCGCUUCCGAGUGUAGCUCGGUUGAGGAGAAACAACUGAGGAAAUAUCGUGAGGCUUAUGCUCGUGAUAUUCCCAUUUUGGACCAGAAGGCUGGGCAACUCCUCUCCGAGCUUACGGAACUCAAGCAGCUGUACCUUCAUUAUAGUCGCGAGGCUAGAGAGUCUGCUGAGAAGAUCGGGACCGAGGUUGGCCAGCUCAUCUUCCGAGUUGAAGAGGAUGCUGAGAAGAUCGCUUCCUUUGCUGAGGAAAAGAAGGAUAUGGCCGCUAAGUUCGCUAGCGAACUUGAGGAAAAAGAUAGACUCUUCCAGGAGAUGAAGUCUAAAUUUGAAGCGGCCGACAAGGAGCAUAAAGAGGCGGAGUUAAGGCUCCACCAUUUUGUCCAGCAUCGGGAGCUGAUCCAGCAGCAAGCUGAUAAGGUGCCUGUCCUUCGGCUGAAGCUUCGGGAAAAGGAUGACUAUAUUCGGAAGCUGGAGCAGGAGCGAGCUCGGGCCCAGAAGGCCACUUCCGAGGGUGAUACUACUGCUGGGGGUUCUUCGAAGGAUGCUCCCCUGGGGGCCGCUCCUGAGACUCCUAAGAGUUAG